AUGCGACCUUGGUCGAGAGCAUUAAGUGGCUUCUGCCGCUCUCAGCCCAGCCGGAAUUUCUCUACGUCUAUGCGUCUUCGCAUCACCAACCAGGUUUACUCUUGCGUCCGUCGACCGGAUGAUCUCCACACAUACCUGCUCUUAUCGUCAUCCUCGCGGACGCCUCUCAUAACAUUCUGGACUACCUCGUGGUGUGCUACGUGCCAUGUUGUAGCGCCACUCCUCAAAUCCGUCAUCGAAUCCGGUGUGGGCGAAGCUGAAGGCGGCGUUGGUUAUUGCGAGGUCCAAUAUGACUCCCCCGACAUUAUGAGUGGUGGACUCGGAAUGGAGUAUAUGGUUACCUCCAUACCAACGCUGCUCAGUUUUGACGCCGGCGAGGCUCAGGUCCGCACUAAGGUAUCUGAUGGGAAAAGAAUGGCAGAUCGGUCUUUCUUGGAAGACUGGAUUAGAAACGAGGCGAAGAGACAUGGAGGCCGCGGUGGUGGGAGCGGUGGUAUAGGUGUCCUUGGUGGCUUAUUUGGAUCGUGGAGGUGA